AUGGCGCAACAAAAUGACUCCAAAGUCACAAAUGCGGACGCGCAGUCAGCGUCCGAUCCCGUGAACGCCUCAUCAAGCUCUGAUCCGUCAUCCAAGGAUUCGGGUGCUGAUAUGGCCGCGGGCUACGGCACGCGCUCCCGCAACAGGGGGGGCAAUGCCCGCAUUAACUAUGCUGAAGACAAGGACAUUGAUAUGGAUGUCUAUGACUACUAUGACAAGAAGGACCAAGACGUGCCCAAGAAGUCGUCGCGAAAAUCAGACGUCGCCGCAAAUGGCGACGGUGCGGCACGUGCAGUCGGUUCGCGACGAGGUGCAGCAGAAGAAGCCAGAGCAGUUGGUGCAUCAAAUCAAAAUGGCUCCAAGAGCUCAACACCGAGUGGUGUUGGCGUUGGCGUUGGCGGCGGUGCAUCUCAGGGCGCGCCAACAUCUGGCGCGGCGCAGGGUUCACGGAAACGAAAGGCGACUGCAGUCUCAACGAGAAAAGCAGGGCAGAUGGGACAGCUAGAGGGCACGCCGAUGCCAGAAACCAACAUGCUGACGUUUGAGAAUUGCAACCACCGCCCGGAUGCGAAUGGGUGCAUGGUGGCUGACGAUGGGACAGUGUUGGAACCAAAUGUCGCAGAUCAUGUGUACCUCGUGUGCGAACCGCCCGGGGAACCUUAUUACUUGGGACGCAUAAUGGAAUUUCUACAUGUGCAUGCAAAGGGCGAGUCGAAGCGUGUGGACUCGGUGCGCAUUAACUGGUUCUAUAGACCAAAGGACAUUGGGCGCAAGAACACGGACACGCGGCUGCUCUUUGCGACUAUGCAUUCCGACAUCAGCCCUUUGACGGCCCUGCGCGGAAAAUGUCAGAUCCGGCAUCGCGUGGACAUCGACAACCUGGAAACGUACCGCAGAACACCCGACUGCUUCUGGUACGAAAAGCUGUAUGACCGAUACAUACAGAAGAACUACGACCUUAUCCCCACCUCGACUAUUGUCAACGUGCCCGACAAGGUCAAGAAGGUCCUAGAUGAGCGCUGGAAGUUUGUCUUGGUGGAGCAAGGGCGUGGCAAGGAGCUGACUAGCGCCGUGAAGCUCUGCAAGAGAUGCAGCGGCUACUGCGCAAGUAAUGACUCGGUGGAUUGUGCAGUGUGUCAGAACACGUACCACAUGAACUGUGUUAAACCACCCCUGCUGAAAAAGCCAUCCCGAGGCUUCGCAUGGUCGUGCGCAGCGUGCAGCCGAGCCCAGGAGCGCAAGCUCGAGGCUCGCAACACCCCUAAUGGCACUGACGCUAAUGGCGAUAUUGACGAUGAUGAUGCUCUGGACGACGACGACGACGACAUGCCCGGUAUCAUCACCGACCGCACCACGCCGGCGGACAACGAGGAGCAUCAUCAUGCCACAGCGGAGCAGAUUUAUCAAGCAAGCCUUUGGCCAUGGCGCUACCUAGGCAUGCACUGUAAACCGGAGGAUGCCCUUGAUUACGAUGAUCGAAUCCACCCUCGCGCAAGCACAAGAAUCGGACCCCGACACCAAGCUAAUGUGGGUGUUUGGCCUGGGCGCCCGGUUGAAUAUGUCAAGCCGCUGGAGACGAGAAAGGGUAGGGGAGCCCCCAAAUUAUCCAAAGAAGCUCAAAUUGCUCAGGAGGCCGAGAAGGCGCUUCGGACCAAGCGACCCAAGUGGGUGCAGGAUGAACCACCUGGCUAUCAGGUUCGCGGAGAAGAUUUGGACGAGAACGAUCCAGCCGCCACGUCUACGCGACUUUGGAUGCCGCCACCCUCCGACACCGUCAGUGAUGAUGAUAUUGUCGGCUAUAUGACCAAGGCUCAAGGCAUGGCGAAGAGAUUAAACAUCCCAGAACGAUCCACAAAUCUUCAAGACGUUGCGCUGGAGACAUUAUUCCGCCACGAUUAUGAUCCCGCUGCUGCUCUAAAGACACUUCCAGACAUAAAACGGGACUCAUUCAAGGAGCCGACCCUGACACCGGCCGAGAAUAGGAAGUUUGAGGAGGGAGUAGCCAAGUAUGGGUCAGAGUUGCACCUGGUGAUGAAACAUGUGAAAACAAUGACACCCGGUGCGGUAGUACGGUGGUACUAUACCUGGAAAAAGACCGAGCGGGGCAGACAGAUUUGGGGGUCUUACUCUGGCCGUAAAGGCAAGAAACUGGCCAAGAAGGAAGAAACUGCUGCGUCAAAGGCGGCUGACGAUGUGGCUGACGCUGAUGACGAUUCGGCUUUCGACACUGAAAAGGCUCUUGUUCAGAAGCGCAGCUUUAUCUGCCUGUUUUGUGAGUCACAAGACUGCCGACAAUGGCGUCGAGCACCCGCUAGUCAAGGUCCCCUUAGCGAAAACGGAGGCAGGGCAACCAGCAAGGACAAAGGCAACCAGUCUGUGGUGGCUCUUUGCCGACGUUGUGCUGAGCUGUGGCGUCGAUAUGCUGUUCGAUACGAGCCACCGGAGGACUUGAUUAAGAAAGCUGGCCAAUCUGGAGCCAAGAUUUGGAAGAAGAAGCAGGAGGAGGAGCUUCUCAAAGAGAUUCAGAUUGCGGAAGAUAUGGGCUUAAUGAGUCCGUAUCGUAGCUCCACGCCAGCUGCUUCGGUCAACGGGUUGGAGCCGCCUAGAAAAAAAUUAAAGGGGGCACCAGAGAGAGAUACCGAUGCUGUAGUCUCGGAUGCUGGAAGCAAUACCACAAUCUCACGAAAGAAGGACAAAACCGCGGAAACUACACCUGUCCCCGACUUGCCAAAGCCACGAACUCUUCCCUGCGCCAUUUGCGACCAGAUGGAGCCUCUGGGCGACCAACAUCUCUCCUGCAGAGAGUGUCGCUUGACAGUGCAUCGUCACUGCUACGGUGUCAUGGACAGUCGGAUUCAAGGCAAGUGGAUUUGCGACAUGUGCUCGAAUGACAAAAGCCCACAAGUAUCAAUUCAAUACAAAUGCGUCUUGUGUCCAGUUGAAUACACCGAACAAGACUUCAUUGAGCAGCCCAAGCUCACACACCAUAAGAAGAAGAUGUCCGACAAGGAUCGCGAGCGUGAGAGACUGGAGGUCCAGCAGGCGCGGAAGGCUGCCGAGUUUUAUCGCAAGAGACAGGAAGACCUCAACCGGCCUGUCAACCCUCGAGAGCCACUCAAGCGCACGGCCGAUAACAACUGGGUUCAUGUUACCUGUGCAGUAUGGACGCCUGAGGUAAAGUUCGGUAAUGCCAAGGCGUUGGAACCGUCGGAGGGUAUCCCGUCAAUCCCCCGUGCUAGAUAUGAUGAGGUCUGCCAGGUCUGCAACCAGCAAGGAGGUGCCUGUGUCUCUUGCCACCAAUGCCGGAUACCUUACCACGUGGAGUGUGCUCGCCAGGCAGGCCACCUUCUUGCAUUCGAUAUCACACCUGUGAAGAGUAGCCGUCGCGACCAGUUCAACAUUGUGACGGUAAAGGGAGAGAUUGGAACCAUGUCGGCCGUACUCUGGUGCCAAGACCAUAUUCCCACCAAGACGAUAGCUCACAAGAUGUAUGAUGUCGUCAACGAGUCAGGGCUAAGCGCACUACAACUUUACGUUCAAAAUUACAAGCAGGCAGACCUGGCACUGACGGGCACUGUGCGCAAGGCUAAUCUUAUGAUGGCUGCUGCCAAAAUGUCUGGCCUUCCGGUUGUGCCGAGUGCUCGACGGACAUCGGCUAGUGCAACAACAGCAGCAGCAGCUCCGAAUGGCGCGUCGAGUCAUUCGCGCAACAGAGAACCGAUAGACGCAGCAACGAAUGCUCAACAGCCCGGAGAGAAGGUGUGCAUUACCUGCGGCAUUGAUGUUACACCUAGAUGGUGGCCGAUUGAGAAAACACAGGAACGACAACUCACAAAUGGACAUCAUGGUGCGAUUGGAUUUGAGGCACAGAAGUUUGUCGAGCAACGCAAGUUUCAAUGCCACAAGUGCAAGAAGAACCCCCGAACGCCAAAGUCAUUUGCUGCUGCACGUCCAUCGCCUCCACUAGUUGCAGAGCCUCCCCGACAGCAUUUGGGCGGAUCACAGAGCCAAACACCCGCUCCACCAUCGCUGCGAAGCCCUUCACGAGUACUCUCUGCGGAUUAUCGAGCAGCUCCUUUGCGUCCAGAAAUCCAUUCACUGCUGCAUCACCCAUCAUCCCAUGGUCCGUCAGCACCUGGCCCGUCAGCAGCUCAUGGACCACCACCCGCAGGGCAUCCUGCCACACACUCGCAGGCGCAUUCGCUCGGCUCUCGACCUGGGCCAGUAUCUCAUGGCUAUCCCCAAGUACCGCUCCCAAGGACAACGUACAACGAUUGGGGGAGCCAACACGGCUCGCCGACUCGGCACAUUAAUGGAGGACCGCCACCACCACCACUGCACAAUACUGGACCGCCUCCAGCAUCGGGCCUUACAGCGUUGCGGCCACCAUCUAUGUCGGGGCCGCCCCCGGUGGCCGCAGUCUCUGUUCCACACCAGCGUCCACAUGGCUCCCCGAUAUAUGGGAGCGCAUUGCCGCCCUCACCGCGACGACUAAACGGAACGACCGCAUCGUCUGCCUAUGUGCCCUCAUAUGUGAGCGCUCCUGCCCCGGCGCAUGCAUCGGGACCACGGCAUAGUGCUUCUCCAGGCUUAAGUAACGGCGUAUUACCUCCUCGAUCAGAAGGAUUCUCACAUGGACUACACCCACAACGGCCGUCCUAUACUGGCGGUACACAUGGGAGUCCUCCACUGGCUCGAAGUGGUCUGCCUCCGCCAGGUGGACCACCGCCCGCUGGCCAUGAAUCGGCGCACUCGGCUGGCGGGCUUGGACAUCGACCCCCGGAAAAUAGACCGGCUAGCGGGGCAAGCGCAAGCCCAUCGCUACGGAAUUUGCUUUCGUGA